GCGAAACAACCCUGGGAAACGGGAAGCAAAAAAAAAAAUCUUGUCAACUAAAAGUGCACGUAAGCUUCUGCCUCACACAUCUCGGGCUCUCCUAGCUAACGUUACUGUUAGAAAACAGGUCUCAUCUCGUCACCAGUGAAAUAGCAAAAUGGGGUGCUUCUUUUCGAAAAAAUCCAAAAGAAAGUCGUCCGAAAAAGAGGAACGUGAGCCGACAACAACGACGGUCGAAACUACGACAAGCAACGCGGUUCCCCUUGGCAACAACACCGACGAGGCACCGAAGCAGUACAGCUGGGAUAAGAGAGAAAAGGUUGAUCCUAAAGACUACAUGCUGACAGGGCUCAAAGAUGUGACGGUGGGCCGCCUGCCUGGCAAACUGAACGGGCAACAGUUUGUCAUCCAGGAGUGUGAGAACUGCAACAUCUACGUGUUCGACCACUCAGCAACUAUCACCAUCGACGACUGCGUCAAUUGCCGCAUUGUUCUCGGACCUGUCAAGGGCAGUGUGUUUUUCAGAGACUGUAAAGACAUCAAGUGCGUGGUGGCCUGUCAGCAGUUUCGCACACGGGACUGUAAAAAGAUGGAAGUGUUCUUGUGCUGCGCCACUCAGCCCAUCAUUGAGUCAUCUACAGGUAUGAAAUUCGGCUGCUUUCAGUACUUCUACCCCGAGCUGGCCUUCCACUUCAAGGACGCCGGGCUCAGCAUAUUCAACAACAACUGGAGCAACAUACACGACUUCACGCCGGUGUCCGGAGAGAACAACUGGAGCUUGUUGCCAGAGACUUCAGCGGUUCUGGAUUUUGUGCCGGCCCCAGACUCUGAGUCUGAGUUCAAGUCAGUUCGAGUCUCCACCGACCCCGCACGCAGCAUUGUGCCUUUGACAAAAGGAGGGAGGCGUAAGGACAGUGAAGAGUCCUGCCUCUUUGUUUUCUUUGCUGGAGAGUACACCACUGCAAACGCCCGCAAACUGAUAGAUGAGGCAACUGCUAAAGGUUUCAUGCUGAUCCAGACAAAGGAAGUCUCAAUGCGACCUGAAGAUGUGAAGAGAGUGUUUCAGAGUAACGCAGAGGAACUGGUGGAGUGGAUCACCAAAGGUCCCGUCAUCGCCCUGGAGCUGAACGGUGACGGAGUUGUGGAAGCCUGCAAGAACACAGCAAAUGAAGUGUUCAGCGGGACCAAGGUUUUUGUCUCUGAUAAUAAGAACACAUCUUCUCGAGACGUGGACAGCUUCUUCAACUUCGCUGACAUGCAGAUGGGCUUGUGAAUGAUUAAGUAUCGAGACAAACCUCUCAUCAGACUUUGAUUCAGAUUGUCUAAACCCCUGCCGUCCAGUUUGGGUUGAUUUAUAAGUAGCAUUUGAUUAUUUGCCUCUUUUAUGGAUUAUUAUUUUUAUCCUAAAAAAAAAAAUAGGUAGAAGUGGAAACUAUUAAGGACUGUGAAUGACAAAGCCUUGGAUAGAACAAUUCAGUCGUCCCAGUAUCAUCUAAAAAUUAGGAGAAUAAAACAUUUGCUGUAAAACACGUAACAUCCAUUAGUUGCUAACUAAGCGUGCUGUGAAUAUUUAUAUUUCUAUGAAUGUAUUUGGUCAUUCUGUUGCUUUUAUCAAUUGUGAAUGUAGCUCUUUGCUGUAAAUGUAAUUCAUUUUAAUUUAAAGCUUUGUUUUUCUGUGCUGCCUGAAACAAUCUCUGCAGUGGAAAAGACCAUGAGCACAAGAAUGCCUGAGGAAAUAUAUUUUAUAUAUAAAUCAUAUUUUUAUUUCUUAUAAUGACUUGUGUGUGUGUGUAUGUGGUUUAGAUAAUGGAUUUUGUUCAAGUUGUGUAUAUUUGAAACAAGCUGUGUAGGUGAUAACUACGUCUCUAUUUGUAUUUGUUAGGCCAAAGUUUAAUCGUGAAAGGUUGAGUGUCUCUUGCGGUUCAUUCAGAUGAACUGAUCUGUUUAUACUGAAUGGGAAUCAGUGUGAACACGUGUAUAAUUGCUGGGUUUUUGAUGUAGGCAAUUCAUGUGAUAAGUUGUUUUUUUUUAUUUUGUAAUAUUUGUUUUAUACUCUACUGAAUGUUUUUGUAUAGACACAAAUUGAUGUUCUUCAUUAUAAUUUUUAGUAAAAGUUUCCUUUUGUGUGACUUCA